UAUACUUAAAGGAGGAAGAUGCCAAUUGUCAAAAACGUGAGCAGAGCUGUCAGCCAGCUGCUUCAAAGCUCUGGUUGCGGAUGUGGGGUUUCUGUAGUGCCUGUUCGAUGUAUUGGAAUCUCGCCGCGCCAGGUGGCCUCCGAUGCUAGCUUUCAUUCCGUGUCUUUUUCUGAGUCUAAUCAUCCUCGGGUGCUAAUUACAGGGGGUCUUGGCCAGCUCGGGGUGGGACUCGCUAAACUUCUGAGGAAACGUUUUGGAAAGAACAACGUGAUCUUGUCUGACAUUAGAAAGCCUACAGAUAAUAUUUUUUAUAGUGGUCCUUUUAUCUACUCGGAUAUCUUGGACUACAAGAAUUUACGUGAGAUAGUGGUGAAUAAUCGGAUAACUUGGUUGUUCCAUUAUAGUGCUUUGCUCAGUGCUGUUGGAGAAGCAAAUGUCCCUUUGGCCAGAGCUGUAAAUAUUACUGGUUUACACAAUGUUCUGGAUAUUGCAGCUGAGCAUAAUUUGCGACUCUUUGUUCCUAGCACUAUUGGAGCCUUUGGACCCACCUCUCCUCGAGAUCCAACUCCUGAUCUCUGCAUUCAGAGACCAAGGACAAUCUAUGGAGUCUCCAAGGUUCACGCUGAGCUCAUGGGCGAAUACUACCAUUACCGAUAUGGCCUAGACUUUCGAUGCCUAAGGUAUCCAGGAAUUAUAUCUGCUGACUCUCAGCCUGGAGGGGGAACAACUGAUUAUGCUGUCCAGAUUUUCCACGAUGCCAUAAAAACUGGCAAAUUCCAGUGCAACCUAAAGCCAGACACCCGUCUCCCUAUGAUGUAUAUUGAUGACUGUCUGAAGGCGACGCUAGAGGUCAUGGAGGCCCCUGCUGAGGCACUGAGCAUGAGGACAUACAACAUCAGUGCCAUGAGCUUCGCUCCUGAAGAGCUGGUGCAAGAGGUGCAGAAACAUGUUCCUGAACUCCAGGUGACCUACAGUGUGGAUGCAGUCAGGCAGGCCAUAGCUGACAGUUGGCCAAUGAACUUUGAUGACAGCAAUGCUCGGAGAGAUUGGGGAUGGAAACAUGAUUAUGACCUCCCUGAAUUGGUGACGACAAUGUUUAGCUUCCUUGGGUCUGACUCCAGGAUUGCUCGAGCUAACUGAAAUACUUUGUAAGAUGUUUCCAGAUUUCCGCAGAGGACCAGGAAGAAAUGGCUAAAUUCAUUUAUAAUCUUCUGAGCCUUAGAGCAUGUCAAUUACCACUUUUCCAUAAGUAGCAGUAGAGUUGGGCAGAAAAAUACUGUAGCUGGAAUUUACUAUUGUUGGAUAAGUUAGAUAAAAUAAGUCAUUAGGUACUGCUUCCAACCAUAGCACCAAUGACAAACAUGGAGAUCUUGAACUUUCACAUUUAAGCAGCUAGAAAGAAAGCACAUACUCCUGGCUGAUGACUCUGCAAUCAUUCCUACUGCCCAGUGUUCUUUAGCAAAUGAUGUGGGCAAUAUUGUCACACCUGCUGUUUCAGGCAUAUUGUGCAGAGUUAGCAAUAUGCUUUUUCGUUUUUCAUUUUCUUAGUGGGAGUUACUAGAUCAUAGUAAGAUAUGAUUCUUUCUUCUCUCUUUGCCUACAGCUGAGAGAUUAGAACUACUUCAUGUUUCAAAAUUGCAGGGAUUGUUGCAAUUUCAGUUCGAAAUGAAACUUUGGUUAAUAGUUCCCAUUUACAUAUAUAUAUGUAUACGUAUAUAUAGAGAGAGUACUAUGUAAACCUACACUUUUCUAUAUGUAAGGCAUACAAAGUGGCAUUAUUCUUUUAUCAUCUAUAAAUGUGAAAGGGAAUAGGACUUGAAUUCUCAUUAUGCUUUAAAAAUACCAGGGUAUACAAGCUAAACUUUGACCUGUUCUUUGAAAAUGCUGCUGCCUUCAGUUUAACCUUGGAGGUAGGCUUGAAAUCCUAGGAGCUGUUAUGUACAUGCAAAUCUAGUGUAUAAUUCAAGAAGGCAAUGCCUGGGAAUGGGGUUAUUGUUAAUUAUCGCUACCUUUUGGUUUUCCCAGUUGUUUACCGUGCUAGCAUGGUCACAUGCUACCUGGAGCAAAUUUUAAAGAUGGGCUGAUCAGAUGGAUUUACAGUAGAGUCAUGUCAGCCUUUGAAAUCAUUCAUAUUUACUACAUUUUCCAAGUGAGUUUUAUAUGCAAUUGCAGAUACUAUGUAUAUGCAACUAUCAUAUGCUUUUAUUCUUUAGAGAGGAAUUCAGAAGCUGAAACCAUACCAUCCUAUAUUUAUUUAUUUCAGGGUUUUAAUGGCAGCCCUGUCUGUUGUCUGAAUUCAUCGCUUAAAAACAAAAAGUCAAGUUGCUGACUUAAUGUGAAGGAUUGACUGUUGUUUAGAGCCGAGAGGCCUAAAUUAUGACUUUGUCCAUCUGUUCCCCUUGCUAUAAAAUGAUGAGGAUUUCCUAAUCUUUUGCUAGUGUUUUCUAGCCUACAGUUAAGGACCAUUCUCUUCAUUUGAGCUUUGUAUGCAAGACAUUCUGGGAUUAAUAAGGGAGUCUUAGUGGAUGCAUGCAAAUAAGAUAUGCCUAUUCAGAGGCUACUGAAGAGACUUGGAAAACAAGAAAUGACAAACGGGAGAUACAGGCGAGCCAUUUUAUGUAAAAUAUCAGUUUUCGUGGUGUAAAUCUGAGCCAUUGGCUAC